CAUCUGCCUAAAAUAUUUCAUAAGAGGAUAGCUAAUUGGAUUAAUCCAUAGUCAAAAGUCAAAUUCAAAAGAACAGGAGGGAGGAUGAAACCUUAUCGUCGAUUGCUCUUCUUCAUUUCUCUGUGUUUCUCCUGCUCUCUCUCUCUCUCUCAAGAUGAACCUACUGGAAAUGGCUACAAGGUGAAUUCGGUCCAUAUAGACCCCUCUGGCAAGUCAUUAGCUGCCAAGCUGCAGCUCAUCAAUAGCACGUCGGUCUACGGUCCGGACAUCCGGAAUCUCAAUCUAUUUGCAAUUUUUGAAACCUCCAAUCGUCUACGAGUCAAGAUCACAGACACAGACCAACCCAGAUGGGAAAUUCCUGCCCAGAUCAUCCCUCGAGAGUCAGAAAAUUUUCACCGUUCACUGUCAGAACGCAGCCAAGUUAUACUCCAGGAAUCUCCUCAUGUACUCUCUAUCAGUGAUUCUGACCUCAUCUUCACUCUCAAUAACAGCACGCCCUUCACCUUCACCGUCACCCGUCGCUCUGCCAAAGAUAGUGACCCACUUUUCAAUACAACAGCCCCUGGCAUUGUCUUCAAAGACCAGUACCUGGAAAUCUCAUCUUCAUUGCCCGGCAACAACAGAUCCUGGCUCUAUGGUCUCGGUGAACACACAAAGAAGCAAUUCAAACUCAAUGCAGGCGACACGUAUACAUUAUGGAAUUCUGACAUUGCUGCUUCAAACCUCGACUUGCCCCUUUACGGCUCACACCCGUUCUAUUUGGAUGUCAGACCUGGUGGGAUCUCCCACGGGGUUCUUCUACUCAACAGUAACGGCAUGGAUAUAACUUAUACAGGGACUAGUAUUAGUUAUAAGGUGAUCGGAGGGAUUUUUGACUUGUACUUCUUCUCUGGUCCCUCACCGGUGGCAGUGAUGGAUCAGUAUACAGAGCUCAUUGGACGGCCAGCUCCAAUGCCAUACUGGGCAUUUGGUUUUCACCAGUGUCGGUAUGGGUACAAGAACGUCUCGGACUUGGAAAGUGUUGUCGAUGGUUAUGCAAAGGCUGGGAUACCUCUAGAGGUCAUGUGGACAGAUAUAGACUACAUGGAUGCGUACAAAGACUUCACUCUUGAUCCAAUCAACUUCCCAGUUGACAAAAUGCUAGCAUUUGUCAAUAGGCUUCACAAUAACAGCCAGAAGUACGUAGUCAUCAUUGAUCCAGGUAUUAGUAUCAACAACUCAUACGGUACCUACUUGAGAGGCAUUGGCGAUGGCAUCUUUCUGCGAAGAAAUGGCAGCAACUAUCUCGGCAAGGUGUGGCCUGGGGAUGUCUACUUCCCAGACUUUUUCCACCCAAAUGCCUCAGAUUACUGGAAAGAAGAAAUCAAUAUCUUUCAAAAAAUUCUUCCCGUAGAUGGGUUAUGGAUCGAUAUGAACGAAAUUUCCAACUUCAUAACCUCACAGCCGCUCAACCAACUAGAUGACCCUCCUUAUAAGAUUAAACGGGCAGUUCUCGAGAAAACUGUACCCCCUUCCGCUGUUCACUACGGAAACAUAACUGAAUACGAUGCUCAUAACUUGUUUGGCCUCCUGGAAUCAAAAGCUGCUCACGAUGCGUUGACCAAUAUUACAGGUAAGAGACCAUUUGUACUUAGCCGAUCAACAUUUGUGGGUUCAGGAAAGUAUGCAGCACACUGGACUGGGGACAAUGCUGCUAACUGGGAAAACCUCGGGUACUCGAUACCGUCGAUCCUAAACUCUGGAUUGUUUGGUAUUCCGAUGGUUGGAGCCGACAUUUGUGGUUUCAGUGGCGACACCAACGAGGAACUAUGCAGGAGGUGGAUUCAGCUAGGUGCAUUCUAUCCUUUCUCGAGGGAUCACUCAGAAAUUAACUCUAUUAGACAGGAGCUCUACAUUUGGGAGUCAGUAGCCCGAUCUGCAAGAAAAGCACUCGGGCUUCGAUACCGCCUUCUCCCCUACUACUACACGCUCAUGUAUGAAGCCCGCGUCAAGGGCACGCCUAUUGCUAGGCCGCUCUUCUUCUCGUUCCCUGAUGAUUCCGAAGCUCUUGAAAUCAGUACCCAGUUUCUGAUCGGGAACGGAGUGAUGAUAUCUCCAGUGCUACAACAGGGAGCGGUGUCAGUAAGCGCCUACUUCCCCGUAGGGAAGUGGUUCAACCUCUUCAACUACUCAGACCUGGUGAUAGCUAACACCGGAGAGUACGUGAGGCUUGAUGCAGGGAGCGAGAGCAUAAAUGUUCACGUACGAGGGGGGAACAUACUGGCGAUGCAACAAGAAGCAAUGACGACGAAAGCUUCGAGGCUGACGGGCUUUGAGCUUCUAGUGGCAUUCGAUGAAGACGGCAGAGCUGACGGGGAGGUGUUUUUGGAUGAUGGGGAGGUGGUGGAGAUGGGUGGAGAGGAGGACUUGAGCCAGUGGAGCCUGGUGAGGUUCACUGGCUCGGUGGAAGCGGGGAAGGGGGUUGUGAAGGCGCAAGUUGUGAACGGCACUUACGCUGCAGACCACAAGUUUGAGGUCGACAAGUUGACAUUUCUAGGUUUAGAGACGACGAAGCCUGCCACGUUGAAGGCGAAUGCUUUGUACGUGAACGGAUUCGAAGUAAGCAAAAGCAAAGGAGUUAGCGUGAAGAGCGAGGGAGCAGGGAGGUUCGGUGUUAAGGGGUUAUCUCAACCCAUCGGAGAGAGCUUCGAGCUGGAGUUCGAAUUUACGAGCUGAGCAAUCGAUUCAAGAAAGGGAGGGCGGACCCUUCACUUAGAACCCAUGCCAACAAUUUCACGAGGAAUCGACCCAACGAUCUACCAACAAGGAUUUGUAGAUGUUGUUUUAUUCCUCUAAAUUAAGAAGGUUAAUAAAGGAAAAUCCUAACCA